AUGCCACACCUGAAUACGCACCGUGGCCUUAAUGCCCUGCGAGAAGCGGCAUCCGACAACUCACAAAAACACAACGAUGACGAUCACGUCCAUCUUCUGGCUUUGGCGCUCCGCAAUCUCAAAAGCCUAAAAUCGAUCCAAUUGUACAUGAACCCGAAAGUUGACCUACGUAAGCCUGUGGGUGCCACGUAUGCCGCCAAGGUCAAAGACAAGGCCACGAGUAACACUGAGAAGCCAUGGUCGAACCGCACCCGGGGUCAACUGGGCCCCGAAAACGUCACAUUUGCUGAUUCCAUCCGCAUCUACAAGACUAAUGCUGAAGUCAACAUGUUCAAUGACCUCAGCCUGCAAACCAUGGACAAGCCCUGCGUCUACUUCCGCGACAACAGUCGUUCUCCUGCUGCCUGCAUAUCCUCAGUGCCGACUUACAAACAGUCCGUUUGCACAAUAUCCAAUGAACGGGUCUUCUUCUCCGACCUGUCGAUCACCAACUUCUUGAAGUGGCAUUGA